GAGUCGAUGUGUACUUGUGGUCGUGCUGAAGCAAUGCUGCUCUAAUCACACUCCAUCUUUCAUCUAAACACUGCACUUCACACUGAACCUGCACUUCACGGUUGAGGUUUAAGGCCCAAUGUGUCCCCCAGAAAAAGUCUUCAACUUCAGCACUAGAUCUCCAUCAGCUGUCCUACACUGUAAUGCUCUGACAGACCGUUUCUACAUCCAGCCUCAAGAUGAAUGUGAAUAGCUUAUUAAACAAAUGGACUCAGAUCCACAGGAUGUGUGAAGUGGACGUGACGUCUGAACCGAGCAGUCCGACGCUGUACAGCGAGUCGUCAGACGCUUACUAUCACGUGGAUCGUUGGCAGAAGCUGCGCACAGCCGUGAGGAAACUCGAGUUCUGGGAGAACUUCAGCCAUGAACUUAUUGGAAGCGGCUUCUUCUCCAAAGUCUAUAAGGUGAUGCACAACAACACGCGCAAGGUAAUGGUGGUGAAGAUUUAUAAAAAUGACGUGGAUCAGGACAGCAUCGUCAGAGAAAUCAGCCUUUUACAGAAACUUUCUCACCCCCACAUAGUCAGGUAUCUUGGUAUCUGUGUGAAAGAAGAUAAGCUGUAUCCCAUUCUCGAGUAUGUUAGCGGAGGCUGUCUGGAGGAACUGCUAGCUCUGAAAGACGUUCCUCUGUGCUGGAGGGAGAAAGUGGACCUUGCCUCAGACAUCACCAGAGGAAUGAUCUACCUUCACUACAAAAACAUCUACCACAGAGAUCUCAACUCCAAGAACUGUUUGAUAAGGGUGACUGCUCGAGGCAGAGAGGCUUUGGUCACAGACUUUGGUUUGGCCAGAGAGGUAGUUGAACUUCCUGCCAAAGACAGGAAGCUGUCACUAGUCGGUUCAGCUUUCUGGAUGGCACCAGAGAUGCUUCGAGGAGAACCUUACGACCGCAAGGUUGAUGUGUUCUCCUUUGGGAUAGUACUGUGUGAAAUCCUGGCCAGAAUCCCAGCAGAUCCAGAAAUACUUCCAAGAACGCAGGACUACGGCUUAGACAUCUCUGCAUUUAAUAAGAUGGCUAGUGGAUGUCCACAGCGUGUACUCGACCUGGCGGCUAACUGCUGUUUGAUCGAGGCGUUCCGGAGGCCAUCGUUCACCGAGGUGCUGGACGAGCUGUCUGAGAUCUCAGAGACGCUGGAGCCACCUACACACACAGACCUGACCACCGGCUGAGCUUCAUCACACAUGACGCACAGUCCUUCAGAGAAUCCUGCACGUUUCUGUACAUACGCCUCACCCGUGCAUCCGAGCAAAAAAAAAAACAGGAUCCGGACAGACAGAUGGGAACAGACCGAGCUGUAAGACCUGACUGGCGUCUUAACGAAAUAAAAGAUGCAGAAUAUUCUCUAGUCAGAGUUUUCAGUGCUGUACUGAAAGAUCAGUUCAGUACAGCUAUGCAGAAAUAUCAGAAAUGCUGCUGCUGCUGCUGCUGCUAAACGGACUUCUGUGUAUCACCACAUUCACAUUUUAUGGACAGUAUGGUUUAAAUUUGGUCUUUUCUUCAGUGUGGAACCGUUUUUCAGCCUUAAACAGUCACACUUUUGGAUGUGUCACAGAUUUAUACCUCAUAUCUGAAUAUUAUCCUGACCUGGAGGGUUGCAAACAGAAAAGAUGAUGAUGAUGAUGAUGAUGAUGUUCAUUUUUCUCUAUCGAUUCAGGCGUAAAGUUGAAUCUAUUUGAUAUUUUUGUACAUUUUUGUACAUAUAAAGUCAUUAUUUUUGUAGCAAGUAUUUCGCUACACAAUCCUCUAUAUUGUAUUUGUAUAUCGUUUUUUUUUUUGUUGCUUUUUAUUAUAGCCUGCUUGCCCAGUCGUGUAAAAUAUCUCUUAUAUAGAAUUAAAAAGAGACAUUAUUCAAACACGAUGUCCUUCCUUGUGAGGUUUGCUUUAACACUUAUAUUCUCACAAGCGUUCAUGUUUUCUAACCCUGCAGGUCAAUCCGUGUUUGUUAGAAAAAUCAAGAAUUUAAUAGGAUCAAAACGUGUGCUAGAUUUUCUCUCUUGCUAUCUGUGUAGCACCUUAUUGAUUAUCUCAGCUCUUUUUUUUAACGUAUUUAGUCUAUUCAUUUUUUUAUUCUGAGCUUUAUGAAUAUUGCACAAUAUUAAAUGUAUAAAAUAUCGACAGAAACAGCCAGAACUAUUGGCACCCUUGGAUUUUAUCAAGACAAUGAUACAUUUUAAAAUGAAAAGACCUUUUUGUAUUUUUUUUUUAAUCUAUACACAUCUAUACAUCUUUGGUUUGCUUUGAAAGUAAAACCAAAAAGAGCAAAACUACUGUAAUAAGAACUGAUUCUUUAUGUUGUCUACGACAUGGACAUUCUUGAGUGGUCUGCAUAAUAUUACUCUUAAUACACGGAUCUUAAAUACAUCAUGAAUUAAUACGAAUAUUCAUCCGUGAGGUAUUUAAGAUCUUGUUGCAUAAAAUUCCUUGUACUGUAUACAAAGAUCCAUCUAGGCAUCUACGCAAAAAUGGUGAGUUACCAUUGAAUCCUUAGCUACUGUGUUAGAGAUCGAUUUGUGAGAUUUGUUUGUUCAACAAGUUGAACCAGAUGGUUAUGUUUGGUAUUAUUAUGGUGUUUCACAUCCCCACAUUUGACUAACAAACCUUUAAACUUCAAACAAUUUCCAGCAGUAUAAAGUUGUUCCAUGUCCCGUGUCCUGAUGAUUUAUCCCUUACUUAUCCUGUUACAUUAUAAAUGAACAGGACUGUCACGUUCGCUCUGAUCUGAAGAGUAAUGAGACCCCUUUCAUCACAUAAACAGGCCCUUAUUAGCUUUCAUAUCUCAUUACCUGCUAUUUUACUCCAUGCUCUGAACUCUCAGCUAUGUUAAUUCUGUAAUAAACCAGGUUUGUUUUACUUUGAA